AUUAUCAGAAAUAUAUUUCUAAGGAUGAGCUAAAGCUUUUUCUACUAUAUAAAUAUUUUAUUUAUCUGAAUCGACUUUUGUAUUAAUUUCAGUCAAGUAUGGAAGGAACAGCCAAAGAUAUCGAAAGAAUGCCCAGAAACAUAUCAUAUCUCUAUAUAAGAUCGUGUCUGGAUUUCCACUUUUCAAACAUAGAAUGGUCUGACGACGAUAUUAUAUUAGAUAUUGGAUGUGGUCCAGGAAGAGUUACCAAAGACAUUCUCUUACCAAAAUGCCCAAAAUUGAAGAAACUCGUUGCUAUCGACGUAGAUCCUAGUAGCAUCGAGUAUGCCCGAAAGACCUAUUUUGACGAAAAAAUUGAAUAUAAAACACAAGAUAUCCUAAAAGGCAUGGAUUUGGAAGAAACUAGAAAAUACGAUAAAAUUGUAUCUUUUUUCACCUUUCAUCUUAUACACGAUUUCAAAAAAUUAUUUUCUGUUCUUUCUUCGAUUCUGAAACCUGGAGGAUUUUUUUUCUUUAUUAUUGUUACAAAAGCUCACAUGUUUACAUUCAUGCGUGAAUUGGAGGCCAUCGAAGAGUGGUCGAAGUACAUCAAGACCGAGGAGUUGCUUUCUUUAAUUCCUCCGACUGUAAAUUGGGAGGAUGCAGAAACUGAAUUUAAAAAGUUUGUUUCCGAGUUUAAAUUACGAGUGACAAACAGUAAAUGCGAUGAUAUAAGUAUGCCGUUUGUUAAUAAGAAGCAGUUUUUGGAUUUCUUUUUGGCCAUAUUGCCCAAAGCCGUGUUUAAGAAUAUGGAACCAGACAUCAAACGCCGUCUAUGGAAAUUGGCCGAACCAAUUGCUCUGAGAUCUUUUUUUCAAAGUAAAAAUGGAGCGGGUGUACAUCCUUACGAAGCUUUGCAAGUUUCGGGAUAUAAGGAAAUGUAGUAAUUAAUUAUGUUUAUUACUUUACAUGUGACCUAAUUGGAAUUUUAU